UUUGAAAUGAACAGUUAAAAUUGCAACCGUGUACAACAGCCUGAACAAUGUCCUUCCUCGACUUUGUUUUGCUCACCGGCUGUCAGUCAGUUUGACACUUUUUGUUUACAAACAUCUUGGCGAAAAGGCGCGCAUAGUCACUGGAUAAAUGUAUAAAAAGCAGUGCAAAUAAGCAAAAAUUUGGGAAAAAAAUGUGUGAAUAUCUAUAAAAGUGUAACUCUUUCUGUGCUCCUUUUGUGUUUGUAACUGUGAAUGUUUAAAAAGUCAGCACUAGAUUGGUGGAGAGAGGAAGAGGCCCGUACCGUGCUGGUGACGUUCUGCAGAGAUCUCGACCUAGCGCUUGGCAGUGGCAUCCCGGAAGGAAUGAUCACCGAACUGUGUGGUCCGCCCGGCAGCGGCAAAACGCAACUCUGCUUACAGCUAGCGGUAAACGUGCAGAUACCACAGCAGCUCGGUGGUCUGCAGGGCCGGGCAGUCUACCUGGAUACGAAUUAUGGAUUUUCUCCACAGCGCGUACAAGAAAUGGCCAAGGCAUGUCACAAUCACUGCGCAAACAUUGCGCUACUCCACAAGCUUAAUCCGGAGGAAACCCUUGCCGGAUUUUCGGAAGCGACCGCUCUGGACAACAUCCUGUACUCGCACGUGACGAACUGUACCCAAAUCCUAGAGGCAAUAGCCGUGCUGCAGAACCGGCUGUACGAUGGUGAAAAGAUUAAACUGAUCGUACUAGAUUCGCUAUCCUUUCUGAUCAGAAAUACAAUCACGCGUUCGAUGAAGCGUGUGAAGCGUGUUCACGAAAUACUUACCCUGCUGCAUAAGCUCGCACACCGUUUCGGCUGCGUGGUUAUUGUUACGAACGAUGUAACAACACGCAUUUCGGAUGUCGACGGCGGCGGCGGCGAACGGCCGGAUGUGCCGCAGAUAGUGCCCGCUCUCGGGGGCAGCCUUACGCACAAAGUAAACCAGCGCAUCUUUCUCGGCCGCGAUGAGAGCCAUUUCGAUGCACAAUCGCAAGCUCCGCCCAGCUACGUCGCUUCCAUUGAAAAGGGACACUUUCUUCCAAGCGUUACGGUAGCGUUUCGCAUCGAGCCAGCCGGCAUAAGAGGCAUCAAGCGGGAAGGUUAGAAGCGUAUCGUAACAUAUCCUUCCUUCCGGGCAGCGAAGGAAGCGAAACAUUUAUUAAUGAACGUGAUAGGAAAACAGAAAGACAAAACAUUCCAUUCAACAACCUGCAGCAGUGGGUGCAGUGCAGCCCGGCUGGAACUGUCUCGCACAGGUUAAGGUGGUGUAGCGUGUAUGUAGCGCGAAAAGUAACUCAGUAAGAGGUUAGCGUGACCAACACAUCCCGAUAGUCACCGCUCAGAUCGUCCUGAAAGGAAGGGGAAAGUUCGAUCAAAACCGAUUGUGUGCACACUCCGGAGGGAUAUGGGUGCGAGCGAGCGUGGAACCAAACAAUACACAGGUAAGGGAAUUGAAAUGCCAGGGUAACACUAUGGUAUUGAUUGCUUUUAAAUUAUUUACUGUUUUAUCUAUAACCAACGAGUAUUUCACGCAUUUUGACAUCAAACACACGUGCGGGAGAUGAUUUAGGGACGAUUGAACCGAUUGUGGUUCACUGCUAGUGAAUAUUAGAGUGAAGCAGUUGCUUUGGAUGGGAUUUGUUAGUGCUCGGACACGCGCAUCACGCUGGGCAAAGCGACUCAGUAAGUGGCAAGUUCAGCUAGCAAGUUGCCAAGAUCACUUCCAAUGUCAUCCUGGAAGAAGAGUGGCGAAGUAACACGGUCAUAUUAUAUGUUCUGUGGUGUUGUGGGGACAAGAUUGUUACGGAACGAUUUAGUUGGGAUGGUAAGCAAACCGAUUGGAAGGGAAAGUGUAAAAUUGUUACCCGUUUCUGAUUCUGUCUGUGAGUGGGGUUUAGUAAUGAACAAAAAAAAAAAAAAAAAAAAAAGAGGCAGUAGUUUGAAGUUAACAACGAGUAUAUUUGUCCAAUACGUUUGUUGCAUGUUGGUUUCACAAUCGUUACAUCUACACACAUUGGUGCCAGUGCUAACAUCACAAGAUCAAAAAAACAUUGUAACAAAAUUAAAAGCACAUUUAUGUUUUUUCUGUUGCUGUUGUUUUAGAUGACGAUUUAAAUAAUAAUUAAAAAAAAAUAACGCAUUUUGUGCAUCGGUACUCGCUCGAAGCUAUGCUUGCGUACCGCGGAAACAUUCACCAUCUACGCCUUGUUGCCGAUUAUAAGCAAAACAGACUCUCGCACGGUUAAAAUGCAUCUGGCACUGGUGUGCCUAGAACGAGGCCAACGUAGCCAGAAGGUCGCCAAGGUCCCCUCCGACAUCCUCCUGCGAAAGAGAUGGAUGGGUUGGUUUUGUUUUUUUUUUUUAACCGAAAACAACAAAACAUAAGAAGGUGGGAAUUGAUUGGGGGGAAAUCGUCUUAAUUAAGGCACUUUAAGCUGCAUAUCCUAGCGCCGGGUAGUGAACGGACGGAUGUGUACUUUAGUCGAUAAAUUUAGCUUUUGCAUAGUGGUGUGCAGUACCGUGAUACCGUGACCGUAACCCGAUUGACCUGAAGCCCAUUCAAACGAUGAUCGCAAUCAAACGAGCGUCAUACACAAGUAAGCUUAAACACAACACAAUUCUUGGAAUGUAACAACUGGAAUGUGGGAUAUUAGGGUUUAGAAUACUGCUAUAAUGAUUUGUUCCAUUUCGUUCCGUGCCCUAUUUCCGACACGGUUGAUGGUGGUGGUGGGUGAUCUUCAAUGUUUGACGAUCACCGUUCGCAUCAUCACCUCAUUCAAAAAGGCCCGUAAAGAUAAGAACGUAGACAGACGAGCACUCGGUAUCGUGUCUGGGUGGGUAUGCAUUUCUUAAAGCGGGAAAGAUGGUGUUUUAGUAAGCGGCCAAGUGGUACAGCAGAUUAGCAUUAUCGCCUCCAAGAUCCUCCUGCGUGUUGGCAUGGUGGUUGGCGCAUACACACGCGUACACAACACAAAAAUGAAAGGGGUGGGACGGGUGUGGGGUUUUACAAAAAAGGGAGAAAAAGAGAGAGAGAAAAAAACACACAAAAAUAUAUAAAGUUUGUAUUGUUACGUUAACGCGUAUAUGGCGUAACCGUUCUGGCGGUUUCCAUGCGCCGGCAUUACAGACAGCGGCAGUGACGUUAGAUAGAAUGGCACGUUAGGGUAGAAGAGGUGCAGCACGUGAUCGUGCGCUGUUUGGUAGUGUGAGGGCAUAUAAGUUAGUACACGCAUGCAUCCGAAAGAAAUCUACAGUACACCACCGUGAUAGUGAUUGUUCUACAUUUUAAAACAUAUAAAGCGAUAACAUUCCCCCGAAAAUAAGAGCAACGCAUAUCCUGUAAUCAAUCGGAAAGGAGAAAUUGAUUCAAAUAAUAACGUCAAAAAAAAAAACAAAACAAC